AUGCUACUGCAUACUUGUUACGUAUCGGUUAUAAUAAUUACAGUUAAUUUAGACAUUUUAGUAAGUGCUCGGGAUAAGAUUUCUCCGCCUAUCGAAAGGGAACGCCGGCAUAUACUUCCAUUAUUAGGCUACAUACAUGGAUACAAAAUUGGGCAAAAUUUUGCACUACAAUUACCCCCGUUCGUUUUAUCGCCUAUAGUGAUAGUGCCAUCAGUAAACCAGCAACAAAGUGUCAACAUACAAAAAGCUUCCGGAGAAGAAAGUUACCAGGAAAAUGGAGGGACUCUGCAAAAAAUUGCUCCAGCCAAACUUAUUAAAAAUAUCACUGAAGAUGAAAACAAUGAAAUUAAUGACGAUGAUUUACCCUUAUCAUUAAAAGUCAACGAUAAUUCAGAAAUUCAUAGUAAGAGUAAUUAUUUAUCAUCUUCUGAAGUUGACAAAUUUAAACAAAUAGAUUUAAAUGAAAUGAAUAAUAACAGUCAAGAAUCAUCGGAAACCAAUGAUAAUUUAAAUAGCACGCCGUAUACUAUAACAGAUACUCAAGUAGAAAAUAUAGAAACAGCGAAUACUACCACGAAAGCAUUUGGUCCUUAUCCAACCGCAAUAUAUAAUAAUAAUAAUAAUUUAAGCACAUUAUCAAUCACUGUAUCCCCUUUUCAAAAUAAUUUGACUGUACCUAAUAUGGAAGAUAAAUGGCAAAACUUUAGCUUGCCUUCUCUCGGUGAAUCGAAAAAUAUUACAAAAGAAAAUAACAGCAAUGACUCAAACUUAACAGAAAAUAACAUUUACUUUCCAACGACUUUACCAUCUAUAGACAAAUAUAGUUUUUACCCGCCUCCUAGGUAUUACCAAAAUGUAGACAGGUUGUCAAUAACGACAAAUUCUUAUACAAAUGAACCUUACUUGCCGCCCGCGUACGAUGAUCGAUGGCAAAGAUUUUCACCGGCAAGAAAAUCAUAUGUAAACUCUGGCUUUAGACCUCUUGCGGGCUUAUAUUAUGACGGAUUCUUACACAAAAGUCUAGAUAAGCAGAUGGGAUUUUUGCCAAAUCGAUAUAAUAAUAAUUAUCAC